AGCGCAGGCGGGCUCGGGUGCUCCGGCUGCCGCCGCGGCUGCUCGAGCUGGUGCAGCUGGGCGGGCUCGUGCGGGCGCCGGCGCCGCCGCCGCCUCCGCUGCUGCCCACCCCGCCGCGCCGCUGGCGCUGCCGGUCUUGCUGGCGGCCGCCGGGGAGGGGCGGCCGAGAGAAGAGCACGAGGAGGCGGAGGCGGCGGAGAAGUGAUGCUGGCGCGGGGGAUCCGGACAGCGGCAGCGGAGCAGCAGCAUCUCCGGGACCCCGGCUGCAGCGUCCCCGUGGCCCGCUGGCCAGCUGAGCGGCGGGAGACCGCGCGCCCCGCGGACCCGGUAAAGACACUUCAAGAACUGCUCAGUUCCGGAGUGGAGGGAUUGUGUGAAGACCCUGACGCUUUAUCCUGAGACAAGGUGCAGAGGUUUUCCUUAUAGGGAUCCUGCGGUUUGCUAAACAGCAGCUUCUCCUGGCACAAGCCGCUGCAAAUCAGACAAACUGAGACCAUGCAUUGCACCCGGCAGCUGCGGUAAGGAGUCGUCCACGGCAAGCUUGGCCCAACAGAGUUAAGAGGAAGAUUUAUGCAUCAUGGAACCUUCUAUCAGAUUUGGAAGAAAGUAAAGGGAGCGCGGAGAUGCCAGACCACCACUAAGACCCAUGGACAAUCCCACACUCACACUUCUCUAUCGAACUUUAGGAUUUAUUAGUAAUAUGCUGCCUUUGCAAGAAGAAAACAAACUAAUGCCAAGAAGGCAUAUUCUUCCAUAUUUGGAAUAGACGUGCUCUCAAGACAAUGGCUUCAAAGGUCUCCUGUCUCUACGUUUUGACAGUUGUGUGCUGGGCCAGCGCCCUUUGGUAUCUGAGUAUAACUCGUCCCACUUCUUCCUACACUGGCUCCAAGCCUUUCAGCCACCUAACAGUUGCCAGGAAAAACUUUACCUUUGGCAACAUAAGAACUCGACCUAUAAACCCACAUUCUUUUGAAUUUCUUAUAAAUGAGCCCAACAAAUGUGAGAAAAACAUUCCUUUCCUUGUUAUCCUCAUCAGCACCACCCACAAAGAAUUUGACGCCCGCCAGGCAAUCCGAGAGACGUGGGGGGAUGAGAACAACUUCAAAGGGAUCAAGAUAGCCACUCUCUUCCUCCUGGGUAAGAACGCCGAUCCGGUUCUGAAUCAGAUGGUGGAGCAAGAGAGCCAAAUCUUCCACGACAUCAUUGUGGAAGAUUUCAUUGACUCCUACCAUAACCUUACCCUCAAAACAUUAAUGGGAAUGAGAUGGGUGGCGACUUUUUGUUCAAAAGCCAAGUAUGUCAUGAAAACAGACAGUGACAUUUUUGUAAACAUGGACAACCUUAUUUACAAACUCCUAAAACCCUCCACCAAGCCAAGAAGAAGGUAUUUUACUGGCUAUGUCAUCAAUGGUGGGCCAAUCCGGGACGUCCGCAGUAAGUGGUACAUGCCCAGGGAUUUGUACCCUGACAGUAACUACCCACCGUUCUGUUCGGGGACUGGCUAUAUCUUUUCAGCUGAUGUGGCUGAACUCAUUUAUAAGACCUCACUCCAUACAAGGCUGCUUCACCUGGAAGAUGUCUAUGUGGGGCUGUGUCUUCGAAAACUGGGCAUACAUCCUUUCCAAAACAGUGGCUUCAAUCACUGGAAAAUGGCCUACAGUUUGUGUAGAUAUCGCCGCGUCAUCACCGUGCAUCAGAUCUCUCCAGAAGAAAUGCACAGAAUCUGGAAUGACAUGUCAAGCAAGAAACAUCUCAGAUGUUAGGACUUUUACUGAUGUAAAUACAGUUCUUUUCUUUUUUAAGAAAUGGGGCCUAGGUGUUGGUGUUUUACUGGUGUCACCAGGGGAAAUGAACCGGUGUAGGGGUUUUGUAAAAAGCUUUUUGCUUUCCUCUCCUAAUUUCUUUCGUGGAUUGCCCAUUUACAAAUGUUGGGCUCUGGUCAUAGAAACAAUCCAUGAGUUAAAAGGGCCAGAUUUCAGUCUCAGGUCCUGAGGCAUUGCAUUUGUCUCAAAAAGCAACAUCCUAACGAUGGCUAGAAUUUACAUACCAUGCAUCUGAGAUAAAAAUGUAGUUCUGGGAAACCAAGACUUGUGGUAACGUCUUCAUAUCACCUCUGCAAAAAUAAAAGUAAGUAACACCUUUUCAGAAAUAAUACAGUCAGGAAGACACGCCCGGUGUCAUUAUUAAUACUGUGUGUGCUGUUACAUUGAAUUUUUACAUCUCUUGCCAUGUAAUGUCUGCAGUAUUUGCCGUCCCACCAAGAAAUGAACUUAGACCUGGCAGGGAGGUUGCAGCUAAAUAAAUGGAAAUUUAAACUUGAAAAUCAAAUAUUCAGACAACUCUGCUUACUCAUCCGAGGAUUAAACCUGGUCAUCGGGUGGAAUGUAUAUAAAAUGCUACUUAAAAAAAUAAACAAGAUUUUUUUUUUUUUUUUUUUUUUUUGGUCUUUUGAAACAAACAUUAUCUGGUGCCUCCAAGGAGAUUUUGCCAAAUGUAAUCUCACCUGCUUCCCUCCAAACAGUGUUGCUAAGUGCAUUUUACAGAUUCUGGCUCGGGAAGGCAACAUAUGUAGAAGUACAUUGGUAGGAGGGCAGAAAAACGAUAAAUUAUGAGGAGACAAUACAAAUUUACGUAUGCAUUAUAAUUAACAUAAGCAAGCUUAGCAAUAGUAUAAGAUGCCUCUCCCACACAUUUGCAAAGCCUGUGAGAUAAUCUUUCAAUGGGCCCCAAUGUUGUUGAAUGCUUUAGCCCUACAGUUGAUAGAUGUAAUAUUCUAACAUCAGCAACAUCCAGGUACCUCUAGCAGCAAUGCUGUUAGGGCCAGGAGGGGCUCUGGAAGCCCUGUGACUGAAGUUCAUAGGAAACAAAGGUAGAGAAGCUUGGGAUCAGUUUCUCUCGAUACCAUCAUACGUGUUGGGUCAUGUGAGCAGACAUCUUAACCUUGCUGUGCUUUAAUAUGCUCAUUUAUAAAAUGGAUGGAAAAAACACCUACCUCACAGGUGCUGUGAGAGCAAAUUGCAUUUGCUAAGUAUUUUGAGAUCCUUAGUUUAAAAGGUGCUAAUGCAAUGUGUCAUGCAUUAUGCCAAAUGCUCAAAUAAUUAGUUACAACGAUGGUCAUCAGUAGUAGUAACAUCAUCUUAAAUAUAAAUUCUGCCAGCAUAAAGAUCAAACCUGAACUAUUACUGCAUCUGACUCUUCUAAAACUUUGACUUUUCCCUGGAUAUCUUAGGUGUUUGGAGAAGCUUUGAUUUCUCUAUCAUUUCCUCUGGUUUCGAUGAGUAAGUUUUUACUUAGGUGCAAUGCCUUGAUUUCCCAGGGUGCUGAAAGUGAAGGCAGCUGCCUUUCUUUGGAGAGGAGCCUCUGGCUGGAAGCAUAUUACAAUAAUUGAAUCACAUGCUUUGCAAAAUGUAUUAUAUCCAAUCGACUUAGAUCUCAGGAAACACUGAUCUGAAUUCUCAGUAAGAUCUUUGAGGGCCGGUAGAGCUAGUCCCUCUCUAUCAGAAGGAGAACAGGCACCCUGCAAACCCACACAUCGCACAUCUUCUAUUCAUUAGGAAACUUCUGUUUGUUUUCAUUCAAAGACAGGUCUGCAACUGAAAGAAUAUAACUUUUCUUUUAACCUGACCUUUCGAAGCUCCCCCUAGAAGUUGAUAGCAAACAAGUAAGCAAAAUGAACGCAUGGAAGUCAUGGCCUCUUUCUCGACAACACUGGAUCUCUUAUCCCCAGCCCAAAAGAAUGCAAUAUGAGACAGGUCUUCCUGUCCUUCAAUACAUCCUCAUCAAAUAGUCAGCCGGACUGCCGAGUUUGAUUGGAAAACAGCAUUAGGUAGCCUGGGGAGAGAUAGAUCAACACAAGGUGAGCCCCUCUCUAACCCCCAACCCUCAACUGCUGUAAGUUCCAGUCAUUGGAAAAAUCUCAUGACUUUGUACUUGGUUCACAUGUCAGGCACCUAGCCGAAUCGAGCUUGUGUCUUCUACUACCAUCUUGCAUUUACCUUAUGCUCAGCCAAGCCACCUUCGUGUCAAGGAAUUGCACAUUAUAAACAUCAUAUAUGUACAUCUAUGAAUUGUUUUCUAUGUAUGUGUGUGUGUACAUUAUAAAUAGAGCCCUAAUCUUUAAAGGGAGCAAAAAUCGGAGAAUCAUAUGUCUUAAAGAACUAUUUCCUAACUUUUUUAUGCUAGGUAGUGCCCAUGUGACAAACGUGUAAAUAGUCAUCAAAGACCAUAUGUAUAUAUUUUAAAGGCAUUUUUUUUCUCCCCUGUAUGUAUAGCUAGAAUCUGCUUGCUAUGUACAUUUUCUUCUGCAUGGAGCUUGAUAAGGCAGGGCCAUUUGUCCAGUGUUUCAAUAGCCAAAAGCAUGUUUGCCCUUCAUUUUUUGAAUGUUCAAAAAAAAAAUGUUUAAGUCAAGUGAUCAGGAGAAAAAGCUCUAAUUUUCUACUUUUCUUAAUUUUCUGGCACUGGCCAAAUUAUGGUUUCAAUUAUUUAAGCCAUUUUUAAAUGUAUUUUCAUUUCUCUUACAUAAAAUGUUUCAGACAGUAUUAUACCAGGAGUCAUUCAGACAAUUUUUAUAAAAACCUUCUGACUGUCCCCCUACCUGUUUUGUUCAUUAUGCAUUGGAUAACAAAAGGUAUCAAUAUUUAGUAUCUGUAUUCUUACAAUUUCUUUUUUAAAUUUAUUUUUGGAAAAAAAUGUUUUAUCUUUGCUGGCUAGUUUGCGUGGCUUUGAGUCUUCUUAUAUUGGACCAAAUGCCAGUCUCAACAUAUAAUAUCGUAUUUUUAAAUAAAGAAAAUCAAAACUUGAAGAUCAUUUUUUGAUUUGGAUGAAAUUCAGAAAACCCCUUUGUGUGAUGAUAUCGGGGAAACAAACUCUUAAUGGAGAAGCUAAGGAAGAAGUUUUUCGAUCGAAUCUCUUCUGUCAAAACACAAUGGAACAUUUACAUAAAGCUUCUGGGAUUCUUUUUCUACCUUUCCUAAUACGUGGGUUUAGUCUUCUGUAAAGGUGAGGAUAGUUUUUAUAAGCAACCAAGUAACUUGUGAAUGAAAGAAGUAAUUUACUAGAAACGCUUGUUGAUGAUAAUUGACAUUUAGGUAUAUCGUUAUAUAUGAAUGAUUGUUUAUUUAUGUAUUUAUUUGUGAGAAUUGUACAUACUAUUUCGCCAAACGUAAUCGUCUGUAAAAGUGCACUCUCCAGGUUUGUAGUACUAUUUAGGGUUACAUGGGUUGCCAAUCAAGCUGCUAAUCAGAAUACUAUUUUUUGUAUCCAUGUUAUAAAACUGAAAAAAUGACGAAUAGAUGCUGAAGAUGUCUUUACAUUCAGUUUCUUCACCUUCCUCUUGAAAUGUAAACUGUUGAUUGAAAGCACGAUGCCUAUGUUUAAGCCCAUCUGUCAUGAGGAAGAUCAUGGUUCCAUAAAGCUGAUUUUUUUUAAACCAUUGGGACAAAUAAACAGAAGGAGAACAUGUUUUCCUCUUGGCUUCUUUUUUGAAGGAAUCCCUUUGGUGGGUUGUGACCAUUAAGAUGAGCCCACGCCCUGUUGUUUAUCACUAACCUUCUCUUCGACCUCCACGUAGGUCAGAGCUCGCAUCGUCCAGACCUCAUCCCAAGAGCCCGUUGCAGCUAAACACUCAACUAAGAGAGUGUUCGGUCCAUAGAUCACGGGCUGCUCAGGAUUUAGAAAACUGGUGUCUCCCUCACCCCUUGGUGGCCUCAGGAAAUUCUCUGUUUUAAAUUCUAUGGAUUGAACAUGUCAACAGAUUCCAAUUCAGAGAGCAUUAUACUGACAACGUGCUUGGUGAAUUAGGACAUAUUAAAUUCAAGGUGAAACUGUCUUUCUUAACACGUCACCCACAUAGAUCGCUUGGAAUAUUGCGUACUAUAGUAAAAGUUUGCUCAGACUGGGGAAAUGCUCUCCAGGCAUUCUUUACAGCAGACAAAUAGGUGUUCCUUGCUGAAGCCUGACUUUGUAAGCAAGAGACUAAUAGCUAUUGAAGAGACAAAAGCUCCUGGGGCGCCUGGGUGGCUCAGUCCUUAAGCAUUAGCCUUCGGCUCAGGUCAUGAUCCCAGGGAUCUAGCUCCAAGCUCAGCGGGAAGCCUGCUUCUCCUUCUCCCUCUCCCUCUCCCACUCCCCCUGCUUUUGUUCCCUCUCUUGCUGUGUCUCUGUC